AUGGCUAACAUCGCCCUUGGUUUCGCUCCCCUCACUCCAAACUCCAUCCUGCACCUCCCUUUGACCAACGAGAACGUCCCACAGGUUAUGCAGCUGUUGGCAUCACUUCGGGAACAGUACGAUCAGCAACCCAAUUCAAUUACUUGGACAACCCCCGGAAGCGACAACGUGAGGUACCUGGUACCCACGAACAUCCCCGACCUUGCCACAAACAAGGUUGAAGUCGACGAGGCCCCCACCAAUUUUGCUUGCGCCAAUUGCGGAACUCAGAACUUCGUGAAGGAGAAGAAACAAUACUAUGCUGUGACUUCGGGGGCCCAGGUUGGUGUGGUGAAAGGAGCCAACACGGCAACGGCAUUGAUCCAUGGAGUAAGCGGAGGAGUCUGCCUUGGUUUCCGUUCCGAAGCCUUGGCCGUGGAACACUUUCAGAAGGGGGUCAACGGCGGAACAGUAGUCGUUUGCAAGCCGGUUGGUAGCCCGAUGUAA